AUGGCUGCAAGAAAGGCUAUUGGUGCUAACAAGGAGACCUGCGGCGCCUUUGAACCUUGUUUAUGGGGCGACUUCUUUGUGAAUUACACUCCUACCUCAUCACAGCUCUUUAGUUAUAUUGUAUUGCAUAACAAGCAGAGGUCGGAGGAGUGGAUGAGAGAGAGGAGUGAGCAACUCAAAGGGGAAGUGUGCCGGAAGUUUGAGGUUGGAAAAGCCAUGAGCGUGGCCGACACGGUGAGGUUGGUGGACACGCUCGAACGCCUUGGUAUAGAGAACCAUUUCGUCAAGGAGGUUGAGAAGGCCUUGGAGGGUGUCCACGAUGAGGAGCUGGACUUUGGCAGCUCCAAUGACUUGCAUGUUGUUGCCCUCCGGUUUCGUCUUCUUAGGCAACAUGGCUUUUGGGUAUCCGCAGAUGUAUUCGACAAAUUCAGAGAUGACACCGGUAGUUUCAACGUAAAUCUAAGCAAUGACCCGAGGGGCCUGCUUAGCUUGUACAAUGCUGCUCACAUGGCGGUACCUGGUGAGACGAUCUUAGAUGAUGCUAUCGCCUUCACUAGGCGCCAUCUUGAGGCUGCAAAAGGCAAGCUUACAUCUCCUAUAAAGGAACAAGUUUCCCGUGCCCUAGAGAUUCCGCUCCCUCGUUUUAUGCGGCAACUAGAGACCAUGCAUUAUCUUACUGAGUAUGAGAAAGAAGAGCCACACGACAUCAUGAUGCUAGAGCUCGCAAAGAUUAACCUCAACCUUCUUAGGAGUGUCCACCUCAAGGAGCUGAAGGACCUCUCACUAUGGUGGAGGGAUCUCUACGACAGUGUGAAGCUAACCUACUGUCGGGACCGCAUCGUGGAGUCUUACUUCUACAGCUUUGGAGUGUUCCAUGGGGAGGAAAGCUCUGCUGCGCGGAUCAUACUUACCAAGGUGUUUGGGUUGUUGGUCCUGAUUGAUGACACAUUUGAUGUGCGCGCCACCUUUGAGGAGUCCCAAAUGUUAGAUGAUGCCUUGCAAAGAUGGGAUGAGAGCACUGUUUCGCUUCUACCACAAUACCUACGCAUGUUCUACAUCAAAACAUUGAGUAACUUCAAUGAAAUUGAGGAUACUUUGGAACCGCACGAGAAGUACCGCAUGGAUUAUGUCAAAAAAGAGUACAAAUUGCAAUCAAAAAAUUCCAUCCAACAGGCUAAAUGGUUCAAUGAAAACUGCACGCCCAGCUUCAAAGAACAUCUAGACGUGUCACUUAUGGCGACGGGUUUGCCGUUGCUGUUCUUCACAGCUCUGAUGAGUGCAGGCCAAGUGAUAAGCAAUGAGGCAUUCGAGUGGGCACUUGACAUGCCUGACAUGUUUUAUGCCAAUAUAGAAGUGGGUCGCUUCCUCAAUGACAUCGCUUCUUACAAGCAAGGGAAGUGCGAGAAGGAUGUGGCCAGCACUGUGGAGUGCUACAUGAGGGAAUACGGCACGACUGGGGAAGAGGCGGUGGCAGCGAUCACCGGGAUGGUGGAACAUGCGUGGAGGAGGAUAAACAAAGCUUGCAUAGAGGUGAAACCUGCAGUAGAGCCGGUAGUGCGAUGUUUGUUGAACACGACGAGGGUGCUAGAGGCCUACUACCUUCAUGGCAGGGACGGCCUCACCUAUGGCCGUGACCUCAAGGAGCUCAUCACCUUCCUCUUCCUGAAGGAUGUCCAUGUCUAAGUUUGUUAUUUGCAUCAGUACGACAUAUAAUGUACUGCAUAUAUGCAAUUGUUAAAUGUGAUGCUUGUGUCGAGAAUAAUAAAAACAAUGGUGCCAACCUAGCUAA